GCACCCUAUGUGAGAUGUUUGUUUUCCGUUAAAUUAAAUUUUCCGCCAGAUGUUAGCCUGUUCAAAAUGGCGAUGCAACACACCGAAAACCACUGAUGUUUGACAGCACGGUGCUUCAAGCGAUGUUGUAAAGUUUUUUUGAUAACUUAUUCGUAAAAAUAGCUCGACUUACAGAGCAAUUAUCGAAAAAUGUCGAGCAUCACGAUAUCAGCCAUAAGGCCACGUACGAGCAUCCUUGAUAAGUCGCUUAGCAAGGGCAAAGGAGAGGUUAGCUUGAGCUGUUUCGCUCUCUUGUUUUCUGAACUUGUGCAAUAUUGUCAGAACAGAGUCUACACCGUCCCGGAAUUACAAAAUAAAUUGGCGGAAAUUGGAGCAGAAGUUGGACACAGAAUAACGGAUCUGCUUGUUGUCCGAGAAAAAAGCGGCAAGCGCGAGAUAAAACUAUUGAAUGUACUAUUGUUCAUCAAAAGUACCGUGUGGAAGUCCUUGUUUGGCCGGGAAGCUGACAAGCUGGAACACGCCAAUGACGACGAACGUACUUAUUAUAUUAUUGAGAAAGAAUCACUGGUAAACAAAUUCGUAUCGGUGCCCAAAGAUAAGGGAAGCUUGAAUUGUGCGUCGUUUGUUGCUGGUAUUGUCGAGGCAGUGCUGUAUGACUGUGGUUUUCCUGCAAAAGUAACUGCUCAUUGGCACAAAGGAACUACGUAUAUGGUUAAGUUUGACGAUGCUGUUGUUGCUCGAGAUAAACAGCUAGAAGAUAGAUAAUAAAAGAGAGAUAAAUUAAGGAAAGUUAUUUAUGUCAAAAGAAAAUAUAUAAUAUAUAUCCACACAACUGAGA